GUGCCCUGUGAGUGUACACCGACUGCCGCCGCCACGGCCAAUGAAAUCCACGAUGCGGGGGUUCCUCCCAGCCAGUCUGGCGCUGAGGCCGUUGCCUGGCAACAGAGAGUGCUGCUGCGUAAUUCAGGGCUGCAGGGGCAAUGAUAAGAUGAGGUGGCGUCUUACAAGAGGAGAUGCAAGGUGAAGGUAUAGCACGCGUCGUGACACACCGGUUGCCGCCAUCCAGUGGGAUGCAACAACUGCUCGUCACACUCAGUCAGAUGCCUCUCUGCUCCGGGACAUCACACACUCAGAGGAUUUAAAGGGGAGAACAGCCAAAAGACCCGAAGUGAAUUGUGUGGAUGAGAGAGGAAAAAGAGGCACCGAGGAGUUAAAUGAGGAAAAAAAGGCUCACAAUGCUGCGAGUAAGAAGAACUGUCAACCGCUUAUAGAAGGAGCGCUCAUCUCAUGUCCUUCGUCCACAUUUGUAUCCCUUUUCCAGAUCUGUGCCGCUGAAAUCUGAUUUCCCCCGCUGAGUGCAUAUGGGAGCUCCAGUGAGUUCAUGUGCAUGAGUGAGACAGUACUUUGGUACCAACUCCUGGCAGAGAGAAAUAGGGGCAAGAAAGGGGGAAAUCACACAGCUGAGGGGGGAAUUCAUUCAGAAACAAGAGGGCAACAUGAAUCUGAGCAACGGUAAAACUUUGGCUGCCAGUGGACAGAACAGAAACGGUACAAGUGGCAGCUGGGAAGACGCUGGGAGAGUUGUGAAGCCCUCGACUCCGACACGGAAACCUCAGCCUCCCAAACCUGAGAACGCCGUCACCAUUGCAGUAUCGUCGCGAGUCCUUUUCAACAUGGAGCGGGAGCAGCAGAUUUAUGAGCAGCAAGGCAUGGAAAAGUAUCUCAAGUAUCAGGUGGAGCAUGAAAGUGAGCCUUUCAGUCCUGGCCCUGCCUUCUCCUUUGUUAAGGCUCUGGAGGCCGUCAACACUCGGCUGCGAGAGCUCUACCCUCAGAGCGAGGAGCUGUUUGAUGUGGUGCUCGUGACCAACAACCACGCAUACGUGGGCCUCAGGCUCAUCAAUACCAUCAAUCAUCAUCACUUGUUCAUCGAGCGCUUCUGUAUGACGGGGGGAAACAGUCCCAUAGGUUACCUGAAGGCCUACCACACAAACUUAUAUCUUUCUGCUGACUCGGCCAAGGUUCGAGAAGCUCUGGAAGAAGGUAUAGCAGCAGCCACCAUGUUCACUCAAGAGAAAAUGAAGGAAGUAUCAGAGAGUCAGCUUCGAGUUGCCUUUGACGGUGACGCUGUCCUCUUUUCUGAUGAGUCGGAACGCAUUUUUAAAGCCCACGGAUUGGACAGGUUCUUUGAGCAUGAGAAGACACAUGAGAACAAGCCACUGGACCAUGGCCCCCUGAAGGGCUUCUUGGAGGCUUUGGGAAAACUACAGAGGAAGUUUUUUGACAAAGGGCUGCGCAUGGAUUGCCCAAUCCGUACCUACCUGGUGACGGCUCGCAGCGCCGCUAGUUCAGGUACCCGAGCCUUAAAAACUCUGCGUUCCUGGGGCCUGGAAAUCGACGAGGCCCUUUUUCUAGCAGGAGCACCCAAGGGCCCCAUGCUGGAGAAGAUCAGACCACACAUCUUCUAUGACGAUCAGAUGUUUCACGUGGAAGGUGCGGCCGAGUUCGGCACGGUGGCCUGUCACGUUCCCUACGGUAUUGCUCAAAAAGUUGCUAUGAAAUGACUCCGAGAAGCAGUUUUGAGCACAUCAAGGUAUCAACGUGUGUUGAAGAGGCAAUAACAGUCAGUCAGUUGGGUAUACUAACAGAAGGUUACAUAUAAAGUUAUAUUUUAUUUCUUUUUGUAUUUUAACACUUGUAAAUAAUUUUGUCAUUUGGGUGCAUUGUCUCAUAUGUUGUGUUUAUUAUAGUCUUGCAUGUCGGUGGCAUGUUGUAAAUGUGCUCAAUUACUAUUAAGGUAUUUUUUGCUCGGAAAUGUGGCAUAUUGGUAAAAGGAAAACAUAUAUCAAAAUGUACCAGAUAUGUUGUGUGAGUAAGAUUCUAACUGAGCUAGUUGUGUGUCCUUUCUUGUUUGGACAUUUAAUAGUGUGGCACAUGUCUUACAAAAAUAAAAACAAGAUACACUACCAGCUGCAGUUAAUCAUUAUCAUCACUAACAAGCUAAGUUAAUAGGGCAUAUAGCCUUAAGGACAUUGUAGCACUUUCAGAACUUAUUGUUAAUAGUUGAGCUUGGAGUAUUCUGAUUGUAAAUUACACAAAUUAAGACUAUCUGAAUUGUAUAAUUGACAGGUAGUCCGCCAAGGACAAGGAUAUUUAACUAAUUUGAUUUUGAGCCACAUUACCAGAAAGCUAAGGAGCUUUUCCCUUCACUAUCAGUCUUAUUUUGUAUAUUCUGGAGAACCAAUGUCCUCUACAGUAGACAUUUGAUUUUGUUCCAUUUUAUUUUGUCAGUUACAGGAGCGCUCUGCUGUUUUUUAGGACCUUCUGCAAAAAGGCUGGACAAAGAUCACCUCUAUGGCAGAACUUAUAGUGCUUUAUAAAAUCUGCUAUAAAAAUGUGAGUCUCUCUCAAGUUGUUUGAACUCAACUCAUGGGCCACCAGUUGACAAGACCAUUUGAUGAAAGAGAGAGGACCUUAAAUGGAGCCUUGAGGAACACCACUUGUAUAACUAAAGACGUUGAACAAAUGACUGAAUGCAUCUGAAGUAAACACGCUAUAACACCUUAGUUAAAUACAUCACAUUACCAAAAAAUUGUAACUGCCAAAAAGCAGAGGACUAAAAGGGCUGCCUUGAGGAACACUUUAAUUAUGUACAUCAGUAAUUUGGACCCCAUGUUAUAUGUUUAAGAGCAAGGUGAAAAUGUCAAUGCAAGGAUCUGCUAAUGUGUUUGGGUCCAAGUUCCUUUGUACAAGAAGAGCACAUUUGUGUUUUUAGGAAUUUGCUGUAAAAAUGUUUGUCUCCCAGGAUUAGUCCUGAACUCGGGGCUGGUAUGGCGUCAUUCCCAAGACAGAUUUGGCACUCAGGCCACCAGUUGAAGAACCUGAUCCAGCAUUCUUGUAACCAGGAAUAGAAUAUGCAGCAUAAAAAGUGAAUGUCUGAACUGUGAUUUUAUUAGGAUUUUGUCAGGAGAUGCACUAUUCUAUGAUUUGCAUAAACAUGAACAGAAGUUCACUUCUUUAUACGACUAUAAUAUGAUGUCGUGGUAUCCCUUUGACCAAAAGGCUUUGGUCUCAGACAAUUGCAGCAAUGAGUCCUGCUACAGUCGCUCCUGUACCACCAACACAUGCAGUGGCAGCGGUUGACAGACCAGCCAUACCUACAG